UCUGCCCAGAUCCUCAGGCUGGUAGUAGCUGUGUUUCAGUUUGUGGGACUGUAGUUUCAUCGAAUCCAGCUCUUUUUAUCUGUCAGACAUGGGAACACAGUCUCCUCACCGGGUCUUCCUAGUGCUCACCCUCAGCACUCUCUUCCUGUGGCUUGAGUCCAGCUCUGCAAAGGGACACAACUCCACCGGAUACUACAGGCUGUGCCUUGUGUUUGCAGCGGUUAAAUUUGGCAAGUGUCCUCGGAGAUUGGUGGUGGCAGUGACAAAACGGGGAUGCCGUUGUGAUGAAGACUGUCCUGGGCCAGACAAGUGCUGUGUGUUUGACUGUGGGGCUGUGUGUGUGCCCCCAGCAUUCAGUAAACCUGGGAUCUGUCCUCGGAGGCAUGGUGGAGUUGGAGUGUGUGCUGAAUACUGUACAGACGACAGUGACUGUCUGGGGGAUGAGAAAUGCUGCAGUAAUGGAUGUGGCCAUUCAUGCACUUCUGCACAGAAAGUGAAACCAGGAAGAUGCACUCUGCCUCGGGGAACAAAGAUGUGUGCUGAAUUUUGCCAACACGAUGGGGACUGCCCAGCGGAACAGAAAUGCUGUAAAACCACCUGUGGACAUGCCUGCUCCGAACCUUGUUAGAUGCAUUCCAGAACCCCGUUAAAACUCUGUUAGAACCUCCCUGAAAUAUUGUUAUCGCUGUAGCAUGACCCUGUGUAAUCCCUGCUGAAAUAUUGUUUUGCUGAAAUUAUACUAGAGCUUUCCUGAAGUCCUGAUAGAGUCUUAUAACAGCAACAUUGGAAUUCCUUCAGGAUCAUUUCUAGAGAAUCCGAAAGUUGCACUGUUGCAUCCUCCAUGGCGAUGUUUUAGCCAAUCAAAUCACCCUUUUCCUCUUUAGUAUAAAUUGUUGUGAUAGUUUGAAAUUUGGCAUUCUUGCAUUUGUCCUGACAUGUAGUGGCAUGUCUCUCCUUUCAGCAACAACCCUGUAUCAUUAGCAAAUGUGGAUACGUUUCUCGUGUUUUCAUCUAAGUCAUUUUUCUAGGUUUUGAAGAAGUGAAGCCCUAGCACUGAAUAUUACUACACUGUACUGCAACCUUAAAUUGCCCCAAUUAUCCCUACCCUUUGCUUUUUGUCCGUUCACUAAUUCUCUACCUAUACUAAUAUGUGACCCACAGUUUUGUACACAAAGCUUUUGUAUACAUCUUAUUGAAUGCCUUUUGGAAAUCCAAAUAUGCUACAUCUACUGGUUCACCUAUAUUCAUCCUCCUAGUUACAUUCUCGAAAAACAAACUUGAAUAAAUUUGUCAAACUUU